AUGAAUCACUCGGAAAAACUCUUAAUUUAUGUCACUUUUGAUAUUUUUCAGUUGAAUGAAUAUGGUGCUGAAACAACAAUAUUAUACAUACAUAUCAAUGAAAAUGAGGUUCAAAUAGGUGAUGGUGAAAAUAUUUCUCUUAAAUUUCAUGAUUAUGAAGGUCCUCUCACAAUCCCUCCAAAUAUCGAAAAUAAACAUGUUACAUCUAUCGGAAACAAUGCAUUUUUCAAAUGUAAUAUUACUUCGAUCUCUCUUCCUGAUUCAAUCAAAUAUAUUGGAGAAAAUUCUUUUCGUGUUACGAAAAUUACACAAUUUAUUUCACCAUCAUCAUUAAAAACAAUCGGCAAUCAUGGCUUUGGAUAUAUCUCUUCUCUUAAAUUUGUUGAUUUAAGACCAUCAAAAUCUCAAUCAUAUUAUUAUGAAAGAAUCUUUUUUGGAUCAAAUAUUGAGAAUGCCUUAUUAUCAGAUGAUUUAACAACAAUUUCUGUAGGAAUGUUUGGUCAUACUAAGCUGAAGAAUAUUACAAUAGCCAAACGUGUAAAAUAUAUCAACAAUUUUGCAUUUUGGGGAUGCCAAGAAUUAGAAGAAUUUAUAUCAGAAAGUCCAUAUUUCAUAACAUUUAGUAAAGCAUUAUAUUCAAAAGAUUUAAAAACAUUAAUCGGCUAUCCAAGCAAUUCAUUUGUUGACAUAUUACCAACAACAAGAGUCAUUUCAGCCGCCAGAGGUUUUAGUGGUACAUCUUUUAUUAAAUUUAUAUUUAAUGUAUCGAUAUCCACAUUGGGUAUGUACGCAUUUAGAGAUUGCUUUAGUUUAGAAUUUGUUGAUAUGACUUGUACAAAAAUUAAAUCUAUUGAACAUGCUACAUUUUAUAAUUGCUAUAAUUUAAAACAAAUUAUUUUACCAGAAUCUUUAAAAGUGUUGCGUAAUUUAGUAUUUGGUCGUUGUCCAAUCGAUCUUUUGAUAUUACCAAGAAAUAUUAUCUCUACAACUGGCAGUUUUAGAGAUAGCUGGGCAAAAGAAGUUGCAUUUUGUGGAAUUAAUGAUAUCCCUGGUACAAUACUAGCUGAUAUUAUUGUUCGAGUAACACCUCAGUAUCAAGUAGAACAAUUUAUGAAUCACUCAAUUGCAUCCAGAGACUUUGUUUGUCCAGCUAUUAGCUGUACAACAUUAAUCACUGAUAUAGAUAUAUUUGCUUGCCCAACUGUUGAAGUUUAUUUUAACUUCAAAAUACCUUUCUCAUCAACUUGCCCAUUUUUACUUUUCUAG